AGAGCGUUGCUGUCAACAACGCAGAUCAAGUCAACAGCGACUUCAGACGCCACAAAGCCCACUGGGUUAUAUCAAAGCUACUACACAAUUACGGACUCUGGCUGCUGCUCUGUGAAAGUCCCAGCUUUGUGUGUGUGGUACAGUAGAGACAUCACUGUGCAGUGUGUGAGUGGGUGCGUGUCGCGCCGUCCUGCAGUGUGUGUGUGAUGUCUUCAGAGCUGCUGGUAGAUCUGGGUGAAGACCCUGCGACUGCACAGUUGGGACAACUGAAGCUAACAACGAUAGAGGACCAGCAGUGGCCCGCUGAUGAGUCAACUUUCAGCAAGUCGGAGACAGAUCUCUCACAGUGCUUCGAUGCCGGCUCUCCUCACCUGCCCUGGGACCAUCCCUUCUAUGACAUCGCCAGACAUCAGAUCAUUGAAGUGGCAGGUGAUGAUAACUUUGGCAGGAAGGUGAUAGUAUUUAAUGCCUGCAGGAUGCCUCCACAGCACCAGCUGGACCAUCACAAGCUGCUGAUGUAUCUUAAAGGAACCCUGGAUCAGUAUGUCGAAAGUGACUACACUCUGAUCUAUUUCCACCAUGGGCUGACCAGUGAAAACAAACCUUCUCUCGGCUGGCUACGAGAUGCAUACAGGGAGUUUGACAGAAAGUAUAAGAAGAACAUCAAGGCUCUGUACAUCGUCCAUCCCACCAUGUUCAUCAAGACUCUGCUGAUCCUCUUCAAACCAAUCAUCAGUUUCAAGUUUGGCAGGAAGAUUAACUAUGUUAGCUAUCUGAGUGAGCUGGAGGAUGUGGUGAAGUGUGAGCAGCUGCUCAUUCCUGCACGUGUCAAAGAGUAUGACAACAAGUUAAGAGCAUCCCUGAAACCAAGCGCCCAGCCUCCCAUGUCUCCUCCUCACAGCCCUCCACUCCCCGACCAGGUGUUUGGGGUGCCACUGGCACUGCUAAGACAGCGGAGUUCAGAUGGUGAUCCAGUUCCUGUAGUGAUGAGAGACACAAUCAGCUUCCUUUUAGAGUCAGGUAUGGAGAUUGAGGGAAUCUUCAGACGGUCUGCUAAUGUGACUCUUGUGAAGGACGUCCAGGUCAGAUACAACUCAGGUACAACAGUGGAUUUCAGAGAGAUGGAGGAUGUCCACUUGGCUGCUGUGAUUCUGAAGACAUUCCUGAGGGAAUUACCUGAGCCUCUGCUGACCUUCCAGCUCUACAACGACAUUGUCAACUUCACCUCUGUAUCCAGUGAUAACCAGGUGGAGCUCAUGAAGACACUGGUGGAGUCGCUGCCAGAGGAAAACUAUGCAUCACUCCGAUACCUCAUCACAUUCCUGGCACAGGUAUCAGCCAACAGUGAAGUGAAUAAGAUGACCAACAGUAACCUGGCUGUGGUGUUUGGUCCCAACCUGCUCUGGGGGCGAGACGCUGCCAUGUCACUCAGCGCCAUUGGGCCGAUUAACAACUUCACCAGAACCCUGCUGGACCAGCAGCAUCUGGUUUUUACCUAAAGCCCUUCCAACCGUCAGUCUCUCUUCCGGUCAGAAACCCCGUUUCCCACUAAAACACUAUACACUUAAAAAGAUCCUGUGGACCAAUCACAUUUCAUUUUACCUUCCAGCAGUCUUUACGUUCUGAUUGGCCCUUAGCACAGUCUAAAUGCUAAAUCAAGAGGUGACGACUGCUUACAGCUUCUGGCCGGUAUUUCCAUUUUCAUGUGACUCCAGGCAUUUGGAUGGAAAUGGCCCAACAUUAUCCUGCAGCCAAAUAACCCUCAAUAAAAAACGAAUAGCACAAAAUCCAGCAUUCACGCUGGGUCACUUUGGCCAGACUUUGGAGGUCUAGGCAGUCAUGCAUUUUGCUGCUUAGUUGUUGUUUUUUAUGGUUUUGACUAGUCCGCAGUCUGCAAUCAUGAAACUGAAAGAUACACUCUGACUUCAUUACAGCAUUUCAUCAAAUAGUCACCAAAAUCUAGCAUUUCUCUUCCACACACUAUAUGUUGCAAAACUGUCCAGAAACAGGUAAGUGGUGACUUGCUGGAAACUACGAUUGGUCAAAUUUGCUAAAGAGUUGCAGUGAUUAGACAAAAUUGCAAAAUCAUGAAGAAUUCACAUGGAUUCGUUGAAUAUGCAUUACUUGUGGCAACAUCCUGGAGAGGCGGGCGAGUUCACGUUAAAGUGUAGUGACAAAAACAGGGAGUGUAUCUUUCAGGAUUAAAUGAUUAUGUUGGUUCCCGUGUGAAUGCAUGCACACUCCCUGGCUGCAGUAAACGCCACCCGCAGUUCUGUCACAUAGAACAUUUCUGACUCCUCCACCACCUCCUUGCACCAAACCAACCCUUUCAAACUGUCAGUCCUAAGUGCAUGUGUUUCUAGUAUUCAGGUGUCUCAGGCCGACCUGAGCACACUCUGGCUAUCAUCUUUUAUCUCUUUCGGGAGAUUAAUAGCAGUUGGACUUAGACGUCCCCAGUCUGUCUCUGUGUACCUGUGCUGUGCUGUGUUCAGUCUGCUGUUCUCUAUGUAGUGCCAAAAAACAAAACCGGCCUCCAGCUUUCACAGAAAGAGCAGGGUGUUAAAUCAUUAUGAAUAAUAAUAACAUAUAGUGAAGCAAUGCAGUUACCAAAAGUCCCCCUUUAGGAUUAUGAUCCCAAACUUUAAGAGAGAAGAGAUGAAGAGAAUGGAGGUGUGAGUUUCCGUCUCCAUGAAAGACUCAGGUUAGAAACGGUGAUCUUGGUACCAAACGUAGUGGACAAUCUUUAAAAUGCUGUAAUUAUAGUAAAAAAGGAGCUGUAUGAUUCUACCUGUAGAUCACAAAGUGUUUAAAAAUAGCUGUGCAUGUAUGAAAGAGUGCUGGACCUGGUCUGGUUUCAGACUGAGGACUCGCUGCUCUGUAAUAUACUCUGUAAUAUCCUCAUAGUGAAUUGACUGAUAUCUGUGAUUCUUUAUGGCUCUCUACUUUCUAUAUUUGACUUUAACAUUGUAGUAAUAAUAUCCUCUUGGGAUUUUCACACGUUUUUCCUGCCCAACAUUAGAAGAAGUAGCUGUAGUUCAUGAAAAAAAAAACACUGAAAUAACUGUUAAAAAACAAACAUUUUUUUCAAUGGUAUGGGAUAUUAGUUGUAGUAAAAGUACACCCAACUCCAGUGAGGCUUAAUAUUCAGAGUGCAGCAACAGAGCUACAAAUGUUCAUGCUAAACUGUUUUUUUCUUUCAUUUAUCAUUUACUUAUGUUCUUUCAUUUAUUAAUUGUGUGCACUUCCCAGGCCAAAUAGUAUUUCUGCACUUAUCAUUGUCUGUAUUCUGUGGUUUGUCUUCAAGCUUUAUUUUGAUCUUCAUUCAGUUCCCAAAGCCUUAAUUUUCAGAACCAUUUCUCAUUUUCUACCAUUUGUCUUCAAAUUCAGCUUCCCUAAAGCACUGAAUUUAAGUAAAAUGAAAAGAAAAGAUUUCUGACUGUCAGUUACUACGUCACGCGUGCUCUGAUGAAGGUCUGAUAGACCGAAAGCUCAAACAAUAGUAUGCAGAAAUCUUUUUUUUAUCAGGUUGGACUCAUUGAUGCUUCCAGCACCUUUGCCAAGAUUGAGCGGGGUGGAGACGUGGUCGUCCAGCAGUUAUCGAUGUAAAAUUAACCCCGAAAAGUCUUUGUCACUGAAAAGUCUUCAGUAACCUCAAAAAGUCUUUAAUGAUACUAAUAAGUCUUAAAUAAUCCAGAAAAGCCUUUAAUAACUUUGAAAAGUCUUAAAUAUCCCCCCAAAAAUCUUUAAUAAUGCAAUGUAUCCCUAAAAGUCUGUCAUAACCAUGAAAAGUUUUUAAUAUUUAUGAAAAGUCUUCAUGAAAAGGCUUU